AUGCAGUCCGCCGCCGCCGCCAACAUGGUCGCCAGUAAACCGGCCGAUGAGCCGUCCGGGUCGUCGUCGUCGCAGCCCUCGCCGUUGAAGUUGGGCCAGGUCCGCCUCCAGGUCCGCCGCCCCGACGCGCCAAAGAACAUGGUCGGCACCUUCACCCACAUCAUCCGCAACCACGGGGUGACAGGCCUCUACAACGGCCUCUCGGCCUCCCUCCUCCGCCAAAUGACCUACUCCACCGUCCGCUUCGGCGCCUACGAGGAGAUGAAGAUCCGCGCCACCCGCGCAAACGACGGCAAACCCCCCUCCUUCCCCGUCCUCGUCGCCAUGGCCUCGGCCGCGGGCUUCGUCGGCGGCAUCUCGGGAAACGCCGCCGACGUCCUCAACGUCCGCAUGCAGCAGGACGCCGCCCUCCCCGCCGCCGAGCGCCGCAACUACAGCCACGCCCUCGAGGGCAUGCUCCGCAUGGCGCGCGAGGAAGGCAUCAUGAGCUGGUUCAGGGGCGUUCUGCCCAACAGCAUGCGCGCCGCGGCCAUGACGGCCUCGCAGCUCGCGUCGUACGAUACCUUCAAGGGCAUGCUCAUCCGCCACACGCCCAUGGGGGAUAACCUGACGACGCACUUUACGGCCUCGUUCCUCGCUGGUGUGAUGGCCGCCACGGUGACGAGCCCAAUUGAUGUCAUCAAGACGCGGGUCAUGUCGGCGAGCACCCAGGAGGGGCUGGCGCAUACCCUGGCCAAGAUUUACAAGGCCGAGGGCCUUGGGUGGAUGUUCAAGGGCUGGGUGCCCAGUUUCCUCCGCCUCGGACCACAAACCAUCUGUACAUUUGUCUUCCUAGAGAUGCACCGCAAGGUCUAUAGAAAGGUUGCUGAUAUCGGCAACGGUGAAGAUGCGUCCAUCAAGGGGUAA